CAACUCACACUCUCACAACUUUCAUCCCUUAGCUAUAAUCUCUUUUAAACAAAUCCUCUCAUCUAGAAUUAAGAUAUCAUUAGGUCAUUUUAAUUCUCUAUUUUCUAAGCAUUUGUCAUGGCCAAGAAAAUAGCUUCCUUAGCCCUACUCGUGGUGAUUGUCAUGGUGGUGUUACUAGUGGAGACACCAACCACCAAGGCAGUUACUUGUAGUCCGGUGCAACUAAGCCCUUGCGCUCCGGCAAUCAUAUCUAGCCAACCACCAUCAAGCGUAUGUUGUUCAAAAUUGAAGGAGCAAAAACCUUGCCUUUGUACAUACUACAGAAACCCUACACUAAGACAAUAUAUUAACUCCCCUGGUGCUAAACGUGUAGCUUCCACUUGUAAAGUGAGCGUUAAAUGUUAAAUAUAGUAUUUAUUAGACUAUUUUAACCUUCGUAAUUAAGGUCAUAAUCAUUACAUAAUAGUGAUUAAGAAGGCUAUGGGGUGGUUUAUUAAAUAAGUCAUUAUAGUUUAAAUUUACAUUUGUGUUGGGAUUA